AAACAGUCUCCGUGCUUUUGCUUUACGAAGACAAGAGAAAAAGCAAUAAACGUCACUGCUGUGAGUUGGAAGUUGAAGACGAUAAGUGAAAAAGUGGUGACUGCCUUUUCUCGAGGGUUUUUUAAACAAGAAUAAUUGUUGCACUAUUUGCUCGCUGAAUCGAAUUUCCGCUUCCGAAACGAUCUGUUAAGGCGGCACUGAAAAUGUCUCCGCCGGGCAACGGAAUCUUUGUCGUUCGGGGCGAAAUGUCCACCCUGACUACAGCGAUGCGACGUGGCUCUCGGUGGAGCUCCAAUUCCUAUCAGGACGACGAAAAAGAUGUGCUGCUAAAGAACUUCCACGAUUUAAAGGAAAAGUUACUACAGGUAGAAGAUUUACGUUUGGUGGAACCGGGAGUGUUUUUGGGACCGUUUUUGGAAGUUAUUCGUUCGGAGGAAACAACGGGGCCGGUUACCAGUUUGGCGCUGUCGGCUGUCAAUAAAUUCCUUUCCUAUGGAUUGAUUGAUCCGACUCAUUCGACACUGGCCGCGACGGUUGAGAGAAUCGCUGAUGCCGUGACACACGCUCGGUUUGUGGGAACCGAUCAGACAUCCGACGGAGUAGUGCUAAUGAAAAUUGUUCAGGUACUGCGGACGCUGGUUUUGAGUCCGGAAGGCAGUGCUCUAUCAAAUGAAAGUGUUUGUGACAUAAUACUGAGCUGCUUUCGUUUGUGCUUUGAACCACGUCUCAAUGAGUUAGUGCGGAAAACAGCUGAAAAUGCACUGAGAGAUAUUGUUUUGCUGCUGUUUAUGAGACUGCCGCAGUUCGUGGAAAGUGGUAAUUUCAAUCUUAGAUCGUUGAAGAUGCGAUCUAGCUCGAUAGAUCAGUCAAGUAAAAAGCGGAAGAAUAGUAAGGUUGAGCUAAAACCCCUGGCAACAAACCCUAAAAUUAUAACUAGCGAGGAAAGCAGUCAAACAGAGUUGGAACCAACAACUCCGGUAAUCAAUAAUGCACCGAAAGGCUUAAAGCCUCCCCCAUUAUCGACUACUCCGGCAACACCGGCCGGACCGAUCGUAGAUAUGCAAGGAACAAUUUCUCAAACUCCCAAAAGUAGUUUAGAUGUGAAACAAGAUCCAAUCGUGGAAGAUACGGAACCACAAUCACAAUUAGAACCACCACAAGAAACCCAAAUUCAACCGGAAGUAGAGGAUUCGCCAGCCGAAUCGUUUGUGAAUGCGGUAGGUGUACGUUUUACACAUCAGGGAGACGAACAGGUUUCCGGCACAACUCCGCACCUUCCCUAUGGGUUACCUUGUAUCCGAGAGUUGUUCCUGUUUCUUAUAUCCUUGUGCAACCCGCUGGAUAAGCAAAACACCGACGUGAUGAUCCACAUGGGUCUAACGCUGCUAACUGUUACGUUUGAAGUUGGAGCAGACAGUAUAGGAAAGUACGAUUCGCUUCUGGCAAUCGUCAAGGAUGAUUUGUGCAAAAACCUUUUUGCUCUGCUUGCAACGGAACGCAUUUCAAUCUUCGCUGCCGACUUGCAGUUGUGCUUUCUGUUGAUUGAAUCCCUCCGCUCCCAGCUUAAGUUUCAACUCGAGUAUUAUCUAACCAAACUGGCCGACCUUAUCGUUAACGAGAAUCCCCGAAUUCUGUACGAAGCGCGAGAACUAGCGCUGGACAAUCUUUUGCAGCUGUGGCGAAUACCGGGCUUCGCGGCAGAACUCUAUAUCAACUACGAUUGCGACCUGUACUGUUCGAAUUUGUUCGACGACCUGACCAAGCUCCUAUCGAAGAAUACCCUCUCGGCGACGCAUUCGAUCUACAGCGUGCACACUCUGUCGCUGGACGCUUUGCUGACGAUAAUCGGUGCAAUCGAGCGCAACUGUAUGCAGGCGAAGAAUGGCGAAAAAACAACCUACGUUAGACACUCUCGGAACAACUCGAGCGUCGACAGGAUCGUGCUGGAAACGAGUGCUUCCAUAGAUCUUGGUAAUACUAGCGGUCCACAGGAUCCCGACGUCAGCGACGUCGUAGUGGAAAGUAUUAACAAAUAUUUAAAGUCUAGUCAAAACGAAGACCGAUUGCGACAGAUCGUUCGUCCGGAAGGGGCCGAACAAGCGCCGGUGCUAAGCCAGGAAGAGUUGGCCGCCAUCAAGAAGAAGAAACGUUUGCUAACGCAGGGUACGGAUCUGUUCAACCAACGACCGGAGAAGGGUAUACAGUUUUUGCAGGAAAAUGGUCUGCUGAAUGGGACGCUAGACCCGCUCGAGAUCGCUCGCUUUCUGCGGGAAAAUUCCGGCCUGGACAAGAAGAUGAUUGGCGAGUACAUCAGCAAGAAGAAGAACGUCGAAAGUAGGAUACUGGAGGUGUUUGUGAAGUCGUUCGAUUUCACCGGGGCAACCAUCGAUCAAGCGUUGCGGCUGUACCUGGAGACGUUCCGGCUGCCGGGCGAGGCUCCGUUGAUUUUUCUGGUUAUGGAACAUUUUGCCGACCACUGGCAUAAAUGUAACAACGAACCAUUCGCAAAUACGGAUGCGGCAUUUAGGCUGGCAUAUGCGAUCAUUAUGUUGAACAUGGAUCAACACAAUUACAAUGCAAAGCGUUUGAACGUGCCAAUGACGGUGGAUGAUUUUCUGAAAAACCUACGUGGACUAAACGGAAACUCUGAUUUCGACCAGCAAAUGCUGAUCAAUGUUUACCAUUCUAUCAGGAACGAAGAAAUUGUCAUGCCAGCCGAGCAAACGGGGGUGGUCCGAGAGAAUUACCUAUGGAAGGUUUUGCUGCGCCGCGGUGCCACCAAAGAUGGGAUCUUUCAACACGUAUUCAGUCCAAAUCAUGAUCGCGAACUGUUCCGUAUCAUUCAGGGCUCAACUCUGGCAGCGCUUAGUUUCAUUUUCGAUAAAAGUCCGGACAAUACUCAACUCUACCAAAAGGCAAUGAAUGGAUUCAUUAAAUCGGCUGUAAUCGCUUCACACUACGAUCUGCACGGCGACUUUGAUGCGUUGGUUCUGACCUUGUGUAAGUUUACCAGUCUCCUAAAUCCACCAGCCGAUGCUCACGAGAUAACGACCAGCGUGCUGUUCGGACAAAAUGCGAAAGCACAGCUAGCGAUGAGAACUGUAUUCGCUCUGAUCCAUGAUCACGGAGAUUGCAUGCGAGAAGGCUGGAAACACAUUGUAGAUGUUGUUCUGCAACUGUUCCGUCUCAAACUUCUUCCGAAAAGCCUCAUGGAAGCGGAGGACUUUUGCGAAGCAGGCGGAAAGGUGGUUCUGGUUCGCGACCAAAAUCAGCUACCGAAAACGGACACCAGCCUGUUGAGCAGUUUGUACUCGUACCUGAGCAACGAUAGCCAGAGGCAGCCAUCGUACGAAGAACAGGAAAUCAUCAAGCAGUCCAAGCGCUGCAUAAAAGAGUGUCAAAUCGAUCAAAUCAUUAACGAAUCGAAAUUCCUUCAGUUUGAAUCGCUAGUGGAAUUGGUUAACAAUCUGCUGGGAAUGUUGAAACCUCCCGAAAGCCACAAAUCAGUUGGAAUACCGUACGCCGAGAAUACGGUUGUAUUUCUGUUGGAACUGUUGGUGAAAAUUUUAAUCCAAAACAGAGAUCGCUUGCUCCCUCUGUGGAAGUCCUGUCAGGAUCAGCUCUAUCUUCUGCUGAUAGGCUCUUCCACGAACGAUUACACCAAUCUGCUGCAGCGAACAACCGUUGCACUGUUAAAACUAGCAAUCUACCUAAUGCGCAACGAAGAAAUUUGCUCCACGAUCCUGCAGAGCCUUCGCAUGCUGCUGAUGCUAAAACCGGCGGUAAUCCUAUCAAUUUCGAAACCAAUUUCGAUCGGCAUGUACGAACUGCUGAAAACAAGCGCACAGAACAUCCACUCCGAAAGCGACUGGAUAAUAGUGUUCACCAUUCUCGAGUGCGUUGGAGCCGGCGCUAUGCCGCCGGAGUACGACGAGGCGCCGUCCAUUUCGGGGGCGAAAUCCGACGGGGCGCUUAGUAGCGAGGAAGAUUCCGGCCUGCCCGAUCGGGGUUACAUUUCCGACUCGGAAAUCAACACAAUCAAGCAAACGUCGUCGAACUCGUGCACACCGCUGAUCAGCCCGACCGGCGACAAUUGGAUUCUGGUCAACAAGGACGCCGACAUUGUGUCCUCCCGGUCGGCUUCGCCGAAACAUUCGAUCCACUAUCGCUGCAAGCUGCUGGAACACUCGCCGUUCGCGCUGGUGAAAUGCUGGGAAAGUUUGGCUUUCAUUGUCCGGAAUGUGGCUCACAUUACACCGUACAAUUUCGAAAGCUGUGUCCGCUGCAUUCGCACCUUUGUGGAAGCAUCCAUGAACGAUGGCAAAGGAAAGCGGCGGAGGCAACAUGGUGGUGGCGGUGGUGGUGGUGGCAGUGGUACGGGAAGUGGAAAAAAUUCACGAAAUCGAAAUCGCAAAAACGACAGCAGCGAUAGCGAGACGGAGGAGCUUCCCGAAGCGUACCAGUCCAUUUCGAUUCAGCUGCUGGAUCUGAUGCACACGUUGCACACCCGAACGGCGCAAAUCUUCCGCUGGUGGGCUGAAGAAGGUGGUUCACUUCCGCAAUGUUCCGCCCUGUGGUCCCAGGGUUGGUGCCCGCUGCUGCAAGGCAUUGCCCGGCUAGCGACCGACCAACGACGACAGGUCCGAACUAGUGCAAUUACCUGCCUGCAACGGGCUUUGCUGGUGCAAGACCUGCAAACUCUCACCGGUUUAGAAUGGGCUGGUUGUUUCAAACAGGUUUUAUUUCCUCUGCUAUCGGAACUGCUGGCUGAGAAACCAGCCAAACCGGCUGAUGCCGGUUUGCUGGAAGAAUCUCGCAUGCGAACUGCCACUAUUAUGUCGAAAGUAUUUCUGCAUCACCUGACGCCUCUGAUCGCCCUUCCCGGUUUCAACGAACUGUGGCUGGAAAUCUUGGAGUACUUCGAACGGUUUAUGAAAGUCGGUUCCGAUAUGCUGUACGAAGCGGUACUGGAAAGUUUGAAAAAUAUGCUGCUGGUCAUGCAUUCGGUUUGCGUAUUCCAUAAUAGCGACGGAGUGACACAUUCUACAUUAUGGGAUGUAACCUGGCAGCGCAUUUCCGGGUUUUUGCCCCAUCUGAAAGAUGAACUUUUUAAGACCGACACUUCUAAUACAAAGCCCGUUUUGGCACCUUCGGCACCAUCGCCAGUUCCGACAUCACCUGCCGUCGCAAUGCCGGUUCCGACCCCGAUAAACACGUUGCAACCAGUCCCACAAGUCCUCUCAAGUUCCCCGCCAGAAGGUGGACGCAUAGCACCCGCUGCGACCAAUCUGCUAAUCAACAAUACAAACAAUAUAAACCACCCGCCCAUAAUACCGCAAGUCCCGUUGGGCGUUCCGGUCCUGAUAGCACCAUCAAAUCCCCCGCCAACAGCUGUUGCCCCUACACCGUUCCCAUCCGUAGCCCAAUCCGAAUUCCAACCACCAUCCAGCCCUGCCGACAUGAAUCGCUACUCCAACAUAAUUGAGCUACCAGUUACACCAUCACCUCCUCCAUUCAUCCCGGAACCGCAACCAGACCAGCCUGAACCCACACCAGAGUACAGCUCACCGGAGCAAACCCAACCACAUCCUUCGUCGGUCCCGCUGAGCCACUUGCUGGCGGGCAAUCAAUACCCUUCGCUAAGCAACGUACCGAUUGGCAUCGCUCAAAGCUUUGCCCCUAUGUUUGUCCAGCCAGCUGCGGGACCAGCCGAAGGUGCUGACAUCUACAGCGACUACAUUAAGGAUCCGUACAAUCUGACACUGCAACUCGAACCGAAUGCGAACGGAGCCGCCGGAGCACCACCUAGCCAGACCCAAUCAUUCUCGCCGGGUGAAACACAACAGCCAAACGUACUGCAAUCCGCCAACUACUUUAGUACGAUCCAGUUCGGAACCGGUCGGAUACCACCAGGUUCGGAAAUUUUAUUUGGUGAACCGUAGACCCUAGUUCUAGCAGCGCGUACAAGCAACCGACCGGAGGAGAAAAUGGUUCUAAUUUGAAAUUCUCUCUUCUCUUCACAUUCCUUGCAUGCUUUCACGGGAUUCGUUUCGUUCUACGAUUGCAAAUCAGCAGAAACCGAAGAAGACUAGGGAUUCUAAAAAUACGACACAUUUCUCAACCCGGUUUGAGUAAACCUAAUGGUAGUUAGUAAAAACUUUUUAGAGAAAGUCAACGUUCGCGUUUAGCUAAAAGAAAAAUGAUAGAAAAUCAGAACUUUUUCCCGCUCAGCAAAAGCAUCGGACAAUUGCCGAUGUUCUUCACAUUUGUACUACGUAUUGGAAACCACUUGAUAAAACUGUUGAUAUCUAUUAUAAACCUAUUAACCAUUCUAUAUAGAGUAAUGUGGAAACAAGAAAGGAAACAUACGUGUUGGAUAGGGCUUACUAGACAGACCCCAAGUUUGUAGAAAGGUAUUCUUUUUGUUAAUAUUUUUUUAGAUUUAUGUGCACUAAGCCGUCGUUUUACAAUGAUUUUAUUCGUUGGAGGUAAAAAAAAAGUAUAAUUAUACACCCGUACACAUCUAUAGAAUGAGAGGAAAAUAAAGUAGUAGCUAAAACUUACCCAUCAAAAGAGAGUGUUCGGUUGCCCUGC